AUGGAUAACUUGUGUUGCUUCAGUUCUGUCUAUUCUCAGGUUGUAGGAGGGCGAUCUUCAUGUAGCUCCGGCAAGGGUAGGAGCCAUCAGGGCCCAGUCAAGUAUGGCUUUAGCCUAGUAAAAGGAAAAGCAAAUCAUCCAAUGGAAGAUUUUCAUGUUGCAAAAUUUGUGCACUCCCAGGGCCAUGAACUUGGACUGUUUGCCAUCUAUGAUGGGCACUUGGGAGACAGUGUGCCUGCCUAUCUUCAGAAGCAUUUGUUUCCGAAUAUCUUAAAGGAUGAGGAGUUUUGGACUGAUCCCAACAGGUCCAUUUCGAAAGCCUACGAGAGAACAGACCAGGCAAUUCUAUCGCAUAGUCCUGACUUGGGACGAAGGUGGAUCUACUGCAGUUACCGCAAUUCUCAUAAAUGGCCACAAGUUAUGGAUUGCCAAUGUUGGAGACUCACGAGCAGUUCUUUCAAGGAGAGGGCAGGCAGUACAGAUGAGCAUUGA